AUGAGGGCGACUUCUCUCCGUGCGAGGGGCUCAUCGGGUCAACACUCGCACCCUCGGCUCUUUCCAGCGACCUUACGUCUCCUCCCGUGCCGACCAUCAGCACCAUAUCCGGCUGUGCGAGCUGUCCGCGUUUCCUCGAUUACGCAGCAGGCAUGCAUGCCGCUUCUCUCACUGCACCGUCAACUCAGCAGUGACGAUGGCUGCCUUCUCCCUCCUACAACACCUGCGGCCGCGGCCACCGUCGGCAGCGCCACAUGUGAAGGCGACGACGACGACUUGAAGAUGGACAUCUACCGUCCUCAGCUGACCCCGGAAGAUGCGGAACGGAAGGCGAAAACGGAUCUCUUUUUGUGCCUCGUUCUCACCCUCCCUCGCGAUCAGGACUGGAAAGAUAUGCUGACAGCCGCCUUCCGCGCCGGCACCUGGAAGCCUCACCACCUUAGCGCAGUGCUGCGUGGUGUGCAGCUCAACAAGUAUAAUGAACCGGCUGUGUGUGCACUGAGCUGUGCAGGCAUCUGCGCCACCUCCUUGCCUUCCUCCCGCACAGCCGCACUUCGACACUCCAUCGUCGAAAUCGCCAAGACUCCCCCUGCGUCCUCGACCCCAUCCACACGCCUGCAGCGCGCCAGAGACAUUUUGGUUUUCUGCGCCGAAGAAGGCGGCGUGUACGCACCGCCAUCUGCUGAGGACCCCCUCGUCGAUGUCUCUACAGCACCGUCGUCACCAGCUGACGAGGAGACCAGUAGACGCUCUAACUCUUUUGCGCCAUCACCAACGGAUGCUCACCAGCUCCUUGUACACCUCCUUAAAGCAGCUCAGCGAGGUGCCACUGUGACACCUUCUCUUUCAAAGUCGAAUACCCCUACGCAGGCUGUGGCAUCUUUCCAGGACGUGUGGAACUUCUUGGCCUGGAUGGAGCUGCACGGAUACCACAUACUCUCCAACGCUCUGCUGGACGCUCUGGAAGCGGUGGUAGACGAAGGCGGAAGCCAGGCCGGCGCUGAGGCUACGGCGGGACUAACAAGAGCCGCUGGCGCAUCAUCAGCGUCCUCGCCUUUACCUCUUCAAUACGCAAUGGUGUCUCAGCGCGUACACCGAUUGGACUAUCUGCGCGGGGAGCGUGCUCUGCUACAGGAGGCGAUGAAGAACGCUGAACAAGGCUCAGACGGAGCAUCAAUGAGCACUGGAGCUGUUCGAGAGCGGCAGCGGCGGCGGCGAGAUGUUCCACGAACUGCUCCUGUGCAUACAGAGUAG